AUGUCGGAAAAUCAUCUAACACUAAAUUUGAAGAAAGGAAAAACUGAAUUUCUCCUGUUUGGGACCGCCAAAAGACUGGGUAAAGAAUCUUCCUCUCCUAUCAACAUCAAGAUCAACGGUGAACAUCUUAAUCAAACAACGCAAUACAAGUAUUUGGGUGUACUACUUGACCACCAUCUUACUCUCCACGAACAAGUUCGUACUGUGUAUCACAAAACCUCUACAAGAUUAAAGUUACUCAAACGAGUAAGGCACAAUUUAACCACCUAUGCAGCUGAGCGAGUCUAUCUAAAUAUGAUCCAACCAAUUAUUACAUAUUGUCCUGCAGUGUAUCUUGGUUUGCCAACGUAUUUGAAAGAAAAACUUCAAUCAGUCCAGGAUCGGGGGAAAAAAAUUGUGCUUUCGAAACAGACUGAUGUUGAGUGGAAAUCAAUCUCGGAAAUAAUCAACCAAAAGACUCUUUUGGAUGUUCAUAAAGCGAUUCAACGAGCCUCUCCUCCCGUGUUCCAUGAGUUCUUCACAUUUCUCAAUCAUGGGAAGAACACUCGAGGGGAUGGUUGCUCCCUCAUUGUCCCACGAAUUAAAACUGAAGCAGGCAGAAAGACGUUUAAGUUCCAAGGAUGCAAACUAUUUAAUGAACUACCUAAAGAAAUGAAAACUGAAAAAUCAAUCGUUAGAUUUAAAGGAAAAUUAAAAUCCUUAUAA